AUGGGUGAUUUUGCGGCCGAAAGCUCUUCUCGAUCUCGCUCCAAAACUCGAAACAAAACGGCGCGGAGACGUAAGGUAAAACAGAGUUACUGUAUGUAUCAUGUACUGAAUUUACAUAAUUCUAUAAAUUUUUAACCAUUCAAAGCUCUUAAAGUUUGCUUCCCCACUUUUCUAAAAUUUCUCAAGUUGUCGUACUUAUCUAACCUAUGUCCACGUGCCUUCAGACCUCACUGACCCCGCCCUCCUACUCGGUAGAGGAGAACAAACGUGGCGAUCUAAUCAAUCCAGUUUUGAAAGUCAAGUGGCCAGAACGACCGGCGAAAGGCCGCCAUUCCAUGCAGUACUAUCUCCGCCGAAAGCGUGCCAAGGAACAGGGUCAAGAAAUGGAGAGAAAAGUGACCAGCUCGAGUUGCAGCGACAAAGCCGGCGCAAGUGGUAUACCUGUCGCUAGGAAGCUCAAGUCACGGUUCGUAGGCAUCAAACCUGUGUCGGUAAGGCAGCUUUUGUCAUUUUUUUUGUUUUGGAAAAAAAUAUUUGUCAUUUUUGUUUUCCAAAGAAAUACUUUUUGUUUUGUAAAGAAAAUUUUCAUUAAUAAAAUUGAAACUUCAGGAGCUCAUCAGCUAUUUGAAGCCGACAGAAUCCGUUUUGUACUAUCAACAGCCUAAUGAGUACUUUACGAUUGCCGACAUUCCGUUGUCCUAUCCGUUGAUGUUCGCGUACAUGUCGUGCGAAGGUAAAAUUUACAGUUACAGGGUCAGAGAGACAAAAGGAAGGGACGGUACGAAAAUGUGGCAAGUAUAUGUUAAAGACAAGAACCUACCCGAUCAGCCAGUGUAAGUUUUAGGAAGAAAGUUCUUGCAAUUCAUAGUCUGUAAAGAAAGUUUUUGAACCUAUUCGUUGAAGAAAGUUUGCACUAUUUUUCGUUUAGCGUCUGUAAAGAAAGUUUUUGCCGUUCAUUUUGGGAAGAAAUUUGCUGUCAAUAAUCUUUUUUUUAGAUUCAGAUCCCUGGAUGCCAUGUUGACCUACUACCACACGUUUGCGAUAAUGUUCAAAGAAAACGGCCGCGUCGAGAGCUUCCCAAUCCCAAGUCACUAA